AUGAAUGCUAUAACUCCUCAACUUAUUGGAGGAGUUGUGUUUGAAUCAAGUGCACAUGCAGUGUGGGAAGAUCUCAGAAAGAUGUUCAGCAAGGUAGAUGGAUCUAGGUCUUACAAUCUGCACAAAGAGAUUGCAACUCUGCAUCAAGGUACAUCUUCAGUUUCUGUGUACUAUACAAAAUUAAAAGAUCUGUGGGAUGAAUACAAAACUCUAGUACCAUCACCUAGCUGUGAUUGUGAAAAUUCUAGGGAUUAUGUAGUACACAUGAGAAGGCAAAAGUUGUACCAAUUUCUAAUGGGCUUGAAUGAGUCACACUCCCUAGCAAGGAGUCAGAUAUUACUAAUGCAUCUUUCACCAUCAAUGAAUCAAGCAUACUCUAUGAUCAUGAGAGAUGAGAACCAAAAAUCAGUAGUUGCUAUAGUAGGAAGCUUAGGCACAACUGCUAUCACCUCUGAGAAUUUUGAGCCUACUGCAUUGCUCAGUUCUAGGCUUGGGAGCUUUCAAAACAAUAGUUUUCAAACUGGUGGUUCUAAUAUGCAGUCUGGCAACUUUUAUCCUAAUAGCUACCCGAGACCAAAGAAAGGCUAUGGUGACUUUUGUGAGUAUUGUAGGAAGAAAGGCCAUAGAAAAGAGAAUUCCCACAAGAUCAUUGGUUAUCCACUAGGACCUAAAUCCAAGAAGAAAGGGGGAGCAAGCAAUUCCUCUGCUUAUAGUGUCUUCACUGAAGAAACAAAUCAAAACUAUCAAGCACAACCACAGUCCAUGACACAGACUCAACAAGGACAAAGCUCACAAAUGCAAAGCCAACCACAGUUGAUGAUGCAGGCUCCAGGACCUCAUAACAAUGGAUAG